CGAGAAGUAUCAGCGGGCGUCCCUCAGCCAGCAGGACGACCGCGCGUUGCUUCUGGCGCUCCUACCGGAGGGCGCGGCGACGGUAGAGCGGCGGAACGUGUACAAGUACUUCCAGGAGAGGAAGCAAGUCCAGGUGUUCCAGAACAAAAGCUACUCCGAAAUUCUGGAAAUCUACGCGCGACUGCGAAACUUUUCGAAACUGCAGAAGGAGGCGAUGUUUCUGUACCACGAGGUGGUCUUCGAGGGGAAGAAUUUGUCGAUCACGAAGAAGAUAUCAAGUGUAAAAAUGUCUGGGUCUGGAAGAUUUCGACAUUUGUCAUGCACAUUUUGCAUGACUCCUGAUGUCUGUGAUGCAUGCCCUAGCAUCAGAAAUUUUUUGAGGGCUUUCUGAUGCGUAUCCUGCAUGACAAAUGCCCUCUCCGUGUAGCACAAAAUCGAAUCCUCUUGCUAGUCAUGCAACACAGAUUUUCCUAGAAUCCGAAGACAGCAUCAGAAGUUGCAUCCUUCCAGACCCAGACAUUUUUACAAUCCAUAGAAGAGGCAGAUGUACGAAGAGUCCGUCAACCAGUGGUUCUGGACCGGCAUCUAUUGUGGAGAAAAAUCCUCCCUCCCCAUAUUAAAGAGGUAUGUUUCAACAUCUAAAAAAUUUGUGAUGCUGAUUUGUGGCCACAAAUCCUGUCUCUCUUGCAAGAAGGCAAAUCCAAAAAAUCCGCCGCUUAAUGGAGACGAUUUGUAAUGCUGUUGCACCUACAUGGCAGGCCUCUGCUAUGCUAAGCGCCUACAACAAAACACCCCUACGCAGGCUGAGGCUUUGCCUGUGGUGCCUCACUGCAAGACAGGGCUGAUUUGUGUACACAAAUCGAGCAACAGAAGUUUCCGCUUCAAUAUGUGGAGGGGAGAUUUUUCACUUUGAUAGCAUCUUGACGCAAUUGCGGUAUCACAAGUACUGGAGCCUGAACAGAUUACGGAGGAAGGUCGAGGAAGCGGAACGGGAACAGCAGACGAGAGCAUCAACUGCAAAAAAGACCGGCAGAAAUAAUACCGACAUUCUGAACAACUUCGCUGCUCCUGUGGAGGAAGUAAGCGCGAGGACCGUCUCUGUCCCACUUCCGCAGGAGUUGCAGGAGGAGUUCGGUACAACCGGUGCUGCCGCCGAGUUGGAGGAGUCUACGGACGAGGAAGCGGCACUGCACGAGGAUUUUAUGCAGGAUUUCUUUCAGGAAGAAGACCCGGAGGAAGUGCGGCGGCGCGAGAGGAAGAAGCGAAAGAAAAGAAAACGACGCGAAAAAGAAUUAUUACUGCAGCGCCGGCGAGAACAAGAACUGGACGAGGUCUUUACGGGUGGCAAUAUGUUGUUCCCAACUUCUGCGGGCGGCCUAGGCGUCACCACCGCUGCGGCAGUGACCGCGACGGGACUCGUAUCCUCCUCGGGACAGAACAGCACGAGAGGCGGAGUUCUUGGGUUUCAAGAUGGCGAUGAUGAUGUCGAUAUGCUGGCGGAACCAGGAAGAACCGAGGGCAAUAUGCUGUUGCCAGGAGAAGAUAAAAAUAAACAGAUUUUAUUGCAACCGCAUCAACCUGCUGACCUUCACGACGACGAGAGCGAGAAGCAGGAGCUCGCCGCUUUGCGCGACAAGAUGCAAAAGUCCUUCGACGGGGUGGAGGAUGCGAAGCGCAUGAAGCUCGCCGGGGCAGAAACAGCAGAAGUGAAAAAUUUGCUGGUCGGCGGCGCGACUACUGGUACGGGUACCCACGUCGACUCAGUUGACCGACAACUUCACGACCCGUCAGAGGAUGUGGGUAUGAUGAAUGCAGAAAAAGAGAACACCGAUGCCCUCCCCGAGUUUUUGGAAGAGGAGUUGUCGAAGGAAAGGAGCAAACCCGGCGAUCGCACGAACCGCUCCUCCACAUCGUCCGCGUCCUCUACUUCGUCAGAAGAGAUGAAUUCUUCGCCCAGGAGCCAGGAGGAUUCCUUCCCCGGCCAGGAGGGCGAUUCAUUCCCGAAGAAGCGGCGCGUGAUGCGAGUGGUAACGCUGAAAGAGGGGUCGACGCUCGUCGACGACUAUGAUAAUCUGGAGGCGAACGACAGCGGCAAGAGGAAGAAGAAGGUGUUGGUGUCCUAUCAGUACAUCUUUGACGACAACAUCGACAAAUACCUCCAGCUCCGGGACAUGGACCGCAAAAAGAAGUUCGAGCGGCCGUUUCUGGAACUCCAAAAAUUGCCCAUGUUCAAGGACCUGCAUCUCCAGCAAGUUGGCAACGGAAAUUCUAUGUAUCCGCAGAUGGCUACUGGUGAACAAGCGACUACACUGGCUCGUACAACUAGUGGCCCCGCCAACAUGUCGUCGUCGCAGGCUGUACGAUUUCCAAAUCAGCAAACGCCAGGUACUAUGACUAGUUCUUUCGCCGAGGGGGCCGCAGCAGCAGGGUCAACUACGGGGUUUGCACCGCAACCGCAAGGAUCAUCUCAGCAGCAAUUUUUAUCCGGAACAGCAGCAGCAGCAGAAGUUCCGUAUCCAGACCCACUCGGAGGUACUUUCUCGUCCGAGACGACAGCUGCACUUCUACGCGCAGCCGCGCUCCCGGCCGUGCGGGCACGGGAAAAGGCGGAUUUCGAAUGUGCGGAACGCAUCGAUGGCAGCAAGGCGGACGUGCCGCGGGACCAGCGGUACGUGAAACGCCGGGAGCGGGGGGAGGAGAAGCGGAAGCAAAAAUUGGUCGAGAAGGAGGAGCAGCGAAAACGCGGGAACCACGCGUGGCAGCUGUCGCGGUACCAGAAGAAGACGUGGCUGAGAAAUCUGCAGCUCAAGUUCCCGACCAACACGAAAUGGCUGGGAAAGCCCGGCAAAGAAGCCCAGUGGCAGGACGCGCGGGCGUUGCGCGCGGCCGCGGCGGCCGCAGCAGAGAAGGAAGAUUUGCACAAAGCAGGUGGAGCUGGAGGUACGCGUAGUACGACAGGUCGAAAGAAUAGCACACAUAAUUUCAUCGGAAAAGAAGUACCACCUGGACAAACAAGUAGCAGUGCAUUACCCUUUGCAGUAGAACAACAAGCGAUGUUGAACCGAGCAGCUGCGCGGACCGGCAGAACACGGACAGAUUCGGGCUUGAUCCAGUUGAAAAAGCAUUACCAGGAGAGGUCCGACGUGGAAGAUGAAAUAUCAUUAUCAGGACAGCAUCUUCGACAAGAAACAGACGGAAAAGAUGCAGAGAAACGCUUUGAUCCUGGCUCGAGAUUUGAGGGCGACGAUAAUCUAGCCAUGGACGGUCCUUUUCACCAUGCUGAUUCCACGAUGCAGCGCAAGUACAGCGAACGCAAGUACAGUUCCUCUUUCAAUAACCUCGAAGAAGUAUAUGGGAAUGAAGACCUGUUGACCGCUGGAGGUCAUAUCCAAGAAGGAGGCGAGCAAAAUUAUGGGUCGUUAUUUCCGGCACACGGAGGUUUCGCUGGCGCUGGUGCUCCGGGACUUGUUCUUCCUCAACAAGAACUACAAGGUUCCUCUUCGCAGCAACAAUUCUUCGGUUCUUCCUCCGCGUCCUCGGCAGAUGUCCAUCUUCGACAAGCCGGCGGAAAUGUGGAUUCCUUUGGUAUUUUCGGUGCGCCGCAAACGCAAGUCCAAGUCAACAAUCCCAUGAUGAACCUGGAUGAAAUUAAUGCGGGACAUCCACAAGCCGGGAGCUUUAACUUUUACAGUCGCGCGCCGGACGAGGUAGGUGACAAAAUGGAGGACAACGAGGCGGAAAAUUCCUCGGCCAGCAGCUCCGAUGCCAAGGACCGAGCCUUCUACAAAGCAAUGCGGGGUGCGGGCCGGGAAGGGGGCAGAAGAUGAAAAAGACGAGCUUCUAGAGUUAAAACAUUAGUUAUAGUGACAUGCUUGGACAACUUGCAGCAUUCGCGACAAAUGCGAGGACAUCUUCAAACCUAAGAAUCCACACGAAAUCAAGAACGAUGACACGCGACCAUUAAUACUCCUGAGAAUCAACACGUUAGUAGUUGUACAGAUAAACUACAAGCGAUUGCAGCAUUAACAGAAAAGCUUAAGCUUCAACACAUUUCUUUUGUCUUCGAUCGAAACCGUCUCUUCGCCAAGGACCGAUCGAGCUUUUAGACAUGUGUAGUGUGAUCAAGCGGCCUGCCGUC